AUGGAGGACACCACAACAUCAAAGACUGGAGAAAAACAUGUGGGAGAAAACAAGAACAUCGAAACAGCAGGAGAGACUGAAAGAAAUAAAAUAGAGCACCUAUUUCACAGACGUCAUCUUGAGGACAGGCACCUCAAUAAACUGAGAGCUGCAGAUGUUCUUAAGGACAGGAACCUCAAACUGAGAGCUGCAGAUGUUCUUCAGAUAACUGUUCAUUCAUUACAGUCUCAUGAGUCUUGUGCUGAAGAAGAGCUGGUUCACACUUUCAUACAAAAACUACUGAUGAUGAACUACAGAGCAAGAUACAUUAAAAUGAAAGAGAACAAUGAACAGAAUGACACACAACAAAGAGACAGUGAGUCUUCUGAAGAUGAGGGUGAUAUUUUUGAUCAUGUUCUUCAUAACAUCUCUUUGUCAAACACAGAAAUCAGUCAGUCUGAGCGAAUCCACCCGAUGGAUGUCCAGAUGUCAGUGUUUCAUUGUUCUGAUGUUUUCCUGAAGCAGCUGAUGGUCACUAAACUGUCCCAGUGUCAGUACGCUCUGCCUCUGCUUGUUCCUGAUCCAUUCACACAACAGAUUGAGUUUCCUCUCUGGACAUUCAGACAAAUCCACAAGAGCUGGAAGAUCAGAAACAAUGACAAUGAGAUCAUCAGUCAAACCCAGCCGAUCUACAAGAUACAAACUCCAAUGGUGUUUUUCUUCAGGUUUGGCUCUGUGUCUUCAUCCAAGUCUCAGCUGAUGAACAGUCUGAUCAAUGAGAAACACAACACGUUCUUCCACAGGAACUGCCCAGGCAGCAGCAGAACCAGAGUCCUGAUGGAUGGAGUGGUGGAGAUCACCUGGUUCUGCCCCUCUAGGAAAAACACGGAUAAAUUCACUGACUUUGUUGCGUUCUGUAAUCUACACGGUGAUGCAGGAGACCAUGAGAAACAGCUGCAGAUCCUCACUGAAAUGAGCUCAGUCAAUGUUGUUCUUCUAACACGACUGGACAGGAAUGACAGACAUGCAGCGAAGAUCCAGAACAUGUACAGGAACAAUAAGCCACUCAUUUGUCUUUUGACUGAGGAUAAAUCUACUGUAACUGAGAUAAAGAAAGGGAAAUUCAAGAUUGGUCUGAAAGACAGAAAUCAGUCAGAUGUAUCUGAAGAACUCAGAAGAGCGAUAAAUAUUUGUCUCUCAGAAUCAUCUUCAGCUUUCAGACUUGAAGAUGUGUCCAAACACUCAGACAUCAGAGUAGAUGAGGAAGAUGAUGAAGACUGCAGGAGAGGAAGAGAAGCAGCACAGCAGAUGAUGAGUUUACUGGAGAAGAAAGAUCUGAGAGAAAUCAAAGAAUCAGUUCUGCCUCAUCAGGGGAAACUGUGGCAUCAGUGGAGUCAGAAGAACAAAGAACUACAUCGACCUCGAGGAGAAAACAUUGAAAUGGAAACUAGUGAGAAAGAAACAGAGAUGAAAAAAAUCCGUGAACAACAGCAUGAACCUGACAUCAGUGAGUUUAUGAAGCUCUUCAUUAAAGAAAUGAACUCAGAUGCUAAACAUGAAAAGAUGUUUUUUCUUAAUUGGCUCAGAAUCCUCCUAGAUGAAUAUACAUCAGCUGAUCUUUCUGCUCUACAUCAAAUGUAUGAUAAAACAUGGUCAGCAGUUAAAAAUUUGAAACAGAACAACGAUAAAUCAGAGCAUCUCAAAGCGGCACAAACUGAACUUGAGAGAUUAUCUGAGGAUCUUCAAGCUGCAGCGUUUGGUCUGGAGCACAUCAUGAGGGAGAUCGGUCAGAUCUAUGAAUCAUGUUCAUCUGUGAAGAAGACCAAGAAAGACCUGCAGGUUCACUUCUCUUCUCUCCCAAGUCUUGCAGCAGAGAUGAUGAUCUCUGGAUUUCCACUGGAGCUGAUGGAUGGAGAUGCUGCUCAUGUUCCUGUGAUCUGGAUCUCUGCUGUUCUAGAUCAACUCAUCCAGAAACUGGGAGACCAGAGAGUCUUUGUGCUGUCAGUUUUAGGGAUUCAGAGCUCUGGAAAAUCCACCAUGCUGAAUGCCAUGUUUGGACUCCAGUUUGCCGUCAGUGCUGGCAGGUGCACCAGAGGAGCUUUCAUGCAGCUGGUCAGAGUGUCAGACGAGAUGAAAACACAGAUGAACUUUGACUAUAUUCUGGUUGUUGAUACUGAAGGUCUUCGUGCUCUAGAUCUGACUGGAAGAUCAACAAGACAUCAUGACAAUGAAUUGGCCACAUUUGUUGUUGGUCUUGGAAAUCUGACCUUCAUUAACAUCUUUGGAGAAAACCCAUCUGAGAUGCAGGACAUUCUUCAGAUUGUUGUUCAGGCCUUCAUGAGGAUGAAGAAGGUCAGACUGAAUCCCAGCUGUGUGUUUGUGCAUCAGAACGUCUCAGACGUCACAGCUGGAGAGAAAAACAUGGAGGGAAGGAGACGACUGCAGCAGACACUGGAUCAGAUGACAAAACUCGCUGCUAAAGAGGAAGAUGGUGAUGCUGAAUGUUUCAGUGAUGUCAUUAGAUUUGAUGUUGAUAAAGAUGUGAAGUAUUUUGCUCAUCUCUGGGAGGGAAACCCACCCAUGGCUCCACCAAACCCAAACUACUGUGAGAAUAUUCAAGAACUGAAGGAGACUAUUAUGUCUCAUGCCUUAAAAUCACAUGGAAUGAUGCUGAAAGACUUAAAAGAUCGUAUUAAAGAUCUCUGGGAGGGUUUACUGAAUGAACGAUUCGUCUUCAGCUUCAGAAAUUCUCUGGAGAUUUCAGCCUACAGGAAACUGGAGACCAAAUACAGCAAGUGGUCCUGGAGUCUCCGCAGUGCCAUGAUGGAAACUGAGAACAAACUUCACAACCAAAUAGAAAAUGAAGUGAUUCAUGAGGUUGAGGAAACUGAUCUUCGAAGAGAACUGAAGAAGACAAGUGAAGAAGUGGAAAAAUCAGUGUCAGAAUUCUUUGAGAAAGACAAAGAUAAAGAUAUACUGAUUCAGUGGAAAACAUCAUUUGAAAUCAAAAUCAAAGAGCUUCAGGAAAACAUUACAAGAGAAACAAAGAGGAAAUUAAAUGAGGUUCUUCAGCAGCAAGACCUGAAGAAAAAGAUAGAUGCUCAGAGGACACAUCAUGAAAACACUCUCUUUGAAAAGAGCAAAGAACUCGCCUUAAAACUCAGAGACAAAACAAAUGAUGAAGAAACACUGAAGAAAGAGUUUGAUUUGUUCUGGGAACAGAGUGUGAAGAAGAUCAUCAGAGACACUCCUGCGAUCAGAGACAUUGAUGUAAUGAGAGAUGUGAGAGAGAUCCUCUGUGACCUCUAUGGAAGUGUUCCUGUAGAUCACUGGAGGGAGAGCAGGGAUAUUUUCACUGUGAUGAGAUAUUCAGAUUAUGUAAAACUAAAGCAAUCCAGUGGAAUUUCAAGAUGCAUAAAAAAUGCUUACAAAGAGAAGUUUGGUUAUAUUCUAUAUCAAGAUGAUGAAGCUCAAAUCAGAUCAUUAGUCACAGAUGUUGCUCAGCAGACAGACAGAAUGAUUCAGUCAUUUAACAUUUCAAAGAUGGGCUACAACAUCAGCUACAUUCAACAACUUUCAGAAUACAUCAAGAGGAAAGUAACAGAACAUGAGGAAGGACGAGUGACAUAUGUGUUCAAGAAUGAAUUCUUCAUGGAUUUGGUUCUUUCCAUCUGUAAGAGAGCAAACAAGAAGAUCACUGACCAACACAGACUGUUCAGAGAAGCCAAUGAUCCUGAAAUAUAUGUUGAGAACAAAAGGGGAGAUUACUAUAGUAUUUUCCAGAAAUACUGUCAUGGUGCAACAUCAGCUGUCAUUUUUGGUGAGAUCAUCUGUCAGAAACUGAAAGAGUCCAUUGAGCAGAGCGUCUACAAGAAGACUGCCAGAGAUCUGACAGAUGAAAUGAGAUCAAACUGUGAAUCACUGAAUGGAAACAGAUCAAAUCUGGAGAAACACAUCCUGAAGACACUGGCAGAAGUGGAGGAUUUUGUCAAAUACAUGAACUACAUUCAUAAUCCCAGAGAUCACUUCAAGAGUUUCAUCAGAGAUGAAGUCAGUCGGUACAUCUCUGAUAAGUUCAGUGUCAGUGUUUUACCCAAGAUGAAGGAGAACAUUGAACUCCUGCAGCAGAAGAUCAUGAAAGCAGCACAUGAAUCUACUGAACAUGUUCAAGAAAACAGAGGAAAUGUUGGUUUGUGGUUGAAGAGUUUCACACAGCAGAUCUCAGAUGAGCUGAUCUUCUCUGAAAAAGACCUCAGUGGAGUCAAACAUGAUGGUGUUGAUGAUUUCGACCUUCUAGAAGAUGUGAUGAGACAAGAACUUACUGAUAUAAUAUCUGAGAUUAGCAGUAGAUUCAAUACUGAGACAUUUCCAAAAAAGCUUGACCGCAAAUUCAGACCAGAUGAGCUUCUGUUUGGUCACUUCACUCAGUGUUGUUGGGUUCAGUGUCCGCUCUGUGGAGUCAUCUGCACCAACACCAUAGAAAACCAUGAUGAAGAUCACAGUGCUUCUUUCCACACAGUGAGAUGUAUAAGAGGUGCUUUGUACAAGGAUACAACAAACUUGUCUGUUUGGAUCUGCACAUCAUCUGUAGCAAACAACGAUCGAUCUUUUUAUCACAGUGACUCAGAUAAGUGGUUCCCUUAUAGAGACUACAGAAGUGCAGGAGGAGUUUAUGCGAAGUGGAGCAUCACUCCUGAUCUCUCUGAACUGUCCUACUGGAAGUGGUUUGUGUGCAGAUUCCAGAAAGAUCUGGAAAAAUACUACAAUAAAACAUUUGAGGGGAGGGGUGAGAUACCAGAUCAAUGGAGAAAAUACAGAAAACAUGAAGCUAUUGAGAGUUUGGAUCAAUACAUGUAAUGGAGCAGAUGAAGACUGAGACUCUUGCGUCUCCUCUCAUAUUCAGAUCUCAGUCAGAAAUGAGUUUCUCUGACAUUCAUCAGUGAAUCUGAGCGACACAAAUACUGUCAACAUCAUGAAUUUAUUGACCUUGUAAAUUGUCCUUUCACACUUUGUUACGUCCAUGACGUAUUGUAUGUUGUGUAUAUGUUCCCGUGUCUCUUCUCUAACAGGAUUGGUCCAAGGCUUGAUGAGAGACUGUCAAUGGUUGGACCAGAGAUGAGACCUGGACUAUAAAUUCCCCAGGAUCUCGCUGGAGGGCGCUCUCAGUUUUGCUCUCACUCUUUCUCUGAUUGCUACUCUCUUUGCUACUUGCUAUGAUCAUAUCUCUGUAUCUCUCUCUUUGGUCCUGAUUGCUCAUGUGUUAGUCCUGUGUGUUAAGCUCUAGUGAAAAUGCUGUUAAAUCAAGUUACAUCCUAACAGAGUGCUGUUAGCCAUUGUGAGAGCCUUAUGUCCUGAACUUAUGUCCACUGUUCAUGUUUGUA